AUGGCCGUGUCCUUUAACCGGUACCUUAUCUUGCCGGAAAUCGAAAAAAGUGAACUAGAGGUUGACUUGAGAAAUAAGCGCGCGUACACGAAUAGAAAUUUAACAACAAAUUGGUUUGGUGGUUCGACAACCCCCGUGACUUCUGUGACCGUUCCUCUUUGCGUUUUGGGCGAGGUUCAAUUACGUUUUUUGUGUCCGGACGAUUUAGAAGAAGUUCGUGCACUUUGCCAAGAUUGGUUUCCCAUAGAUUAUCCAAAUUCAUGGUACGAAGAGAUAACAAGCUCUUCAAGAUUUUACGCGUUAGCUGCAGUAUAUGGUGGAGUAAUUAUAGGACUUAUUGUUGCUGAGAUUAAACCGUAUGUCAAGUUAAACGAAGAAGAUCGUGGAAUUCUGUGUCCUAGUCUAGGGAAAGAUUCUUUAGUUGGAUAUAUACUUAGUUUAGGAGUACGCCGUACAUAUAGAAGAAAUGGUAUUGCAUCAUUAUUAUUGGAGCAGUUAUUGGCACAUGUCACUGCUCCAGAACGUUCUUUAGUGAAAGCAGUUUUCUUACAUGUUCUAUCUAGCAAUGUGCCUGCUAUAUUGUUUUAUCAAAGGUGCCAUUUUCGAUUACACAGUUUUUUACCAUAUUAUUAUUACAUUCAUGGAAGGUGUAAAGAUGGUUUUACAUACGUUCUUUACGUCAAUGGUGGACAUGCACCAUGGGGUAUAUGGGAUUGGAUUCGACAUUUAGCCAGGGCGAUGGCUAGUCUUGGUCCAUGUAGAGUACCUCGAUGGAUUUGGCAACGGCUUUUAUGGGCUACCACUAUACUUUCUUAUCACAGAUGAUACAUCUUAUGAGGCUGUGAUAUAUCAAAAAAAUAUUAAGUUACAAUUAAAUUCACAUAAAAAUAUAUACUUAUAUAAAACUCCAAAUGCAAAUGAAUUUAAUAUAAAAAAAAAAAAAAAAAAAAAAAAAAUAAUGUAUGAACUGUUUGCAUACGGUUUUGUUGAUUAGAUUUAUAUAAAUAUGGUCUAUAUAUAUCAUAAAUAAUUAGAUGUUUUUACUUAGCUUUUGGCUCGGCAAAAUUUUAUUACAAUAACACGAAAUAAAAAAUUGAAAUCAUUAAAAAUGAUUUGCUUUUCAAAACCAUUAGCUCAUGAUAUAAACUGCCAGAAGAUUUGUACAAAAAAUAUAAUUUAUGCAUUGAAAUUGAAUAGACGUUUUUAUAGUGAUACUUAGUUUCAAAUAAGCAGAGAAAAAAUCUACAAAAGUCUGAUCUGCAUAAACACAUAUGUGGUUAAAUGCUCUAAAAUUAUUUUUAACUAAGUAUUAAGUAAAAUUAAACAUUGUUCAUAAAAUGUUUACAAUAAUGCAUCAUUUAUUUAUGUUUCACUGUAUGGAUAUAUAUGAAAUGAAACAAAUAACGAUUAUGUAUUAUAAAUUUCUGGAUUUUACUAACUGUUCUAAUCAAUAAUGAAUUUUGGAAAAACAUAGUAGUAUGUGCUAAAAAUAAUAAGCAGAAAAAUAAUGAACGCAAUAGAAUUGUAUAAUGAAAACUUUAAUGAAUCAAAAAAAUACAUGUUUUAUUUUUUUGCUAUGCACAGUUCAUCUAUUGUGAAUACAGAAGUUAAUAUUUCUGUUGUUUUCUUUAAUGCUUUCAUUAUUUAUUUUUAUAUAUAAGUUUUAAUAAGAAUAUGUAAUUACUUUACGCUCUAACUUUAAAAUGAAAUGUUGAUAAAAUUCGUGAACGUAAAUACGUGUAUUUAUACAUAAUGUAAAUAAAUACGAAAUGUACCAGAAUAGUUGAGUUAGAUUGUAUAUAACAUUGUAAUAAUAUUGUUUGUAAUAAAUUGACAUGUUAUAACAUUG